UCUUCAACCUCUCCCCUCCCCUCCUUCUCUCUCUCUCUCUGUUUAUGUUAUCACCAUGCCAGGCGGAGCAGACCACGGAGAAGUGAUCUGGCCAAGAUUGGUAGCUAACAAGAUUUUGAGAAAGAGAUUGGCAAGUAACAACUUUGUUGCUGAUUUUCCAAGCAACACAGAACGUAACAAUUUGCUUGCUAUUCAAAACAUGGGUCAACCUUCUUUGAGCGCUGACACCAUCCUUAAUCAUCAACGAGACUCACUGAAUAACUACAAGGUUUUCGUUAGCACGUGGAAUGUUGGUGGAAUUGCACCAAAUGAGGAUUUGGAUAUGGAGGAUUGGCUAGAUACUCCAAAUAUUUGUGACAUAUAUGUCCUUGGGUUUCAAGAGAUUGUGCCUCUAAAAGCAUCGAAUAUUCUUGGUUCAGAAAAUAGCAAGAUUUCAAUGAAAUGGAAUUCAUUGAUUCGAAAAGCUUUGAACAAAAAGAUUAACCAUCAUCAUCCUCCUCAAGAGAAAAGAAAAAACCUAAUAGUGUCUCCGAUUAAAGACGACGAUGAUCUGGCAAUUCAAAGAAGCAAUACACCUCAAGAAUUUAGAUGUAUCAUUAGCAAGCAAAUGGUUGGAAUACUAAUAUCGGUUUGGGUUCGAAGCGAUCUUCUUCCUUAUAUAAGACAUCCUAGUGUCUCCUGUGUUGGCUGUGGCAUCAUGGGUUGCCUAGGAAAUAAGGGUUCAGUGUCAGUUAGAUUUCAGUUACAAGGAACUAGCUUCUGCUUUGUUUGCAGUCAUCUAGCAUCAGGAGGUAGAGAAGGAGAUGAGAAACAUAGAAACUCUGAUGUGUCGGAAAUCUUAUCGCGAACAACAUUCCCUAGAGGGCCUUCACUUGACUUGCCGCGAAAAAUACUAGAUCAUGACCGUGUAAUCUUGCUUGGAGAUUUGAAUUAUAGAAUUUCGCUGCCAGAAGCAACUACUCGAUCGUUGGUAGAUAGAAAGGAAUGGAAUACCUUAUUAGAAAAUGAUCAGCUAAAGAUGGAGCUCAUGAGUGGUCAAGCAUUUGAAGGAUGGCAUGAAGGAACGAUUAAAUUUGCUCCGACUUACAAAUAUUUUCCGAAUUCUAAUGUGUACUUCGGAUGUGUAGAAGGCAAAAAAGGCGAAAAAUGGCGUGCUCCGGCAUGGUGUGACCGGAUUAUUUGGUACGGGGAGGGAUUAAAGCAAAAUUUAUAUGCCAGAGGUGAAGCAGAUUUUUCCGAUCAUAGACCGGUGAAGGCAAUCUUUUCAGCUGAAGUUGAAGAAUUACAGACAUUGAAAGAACUUCAACAAUUCUUCCUAUCGGAGAGGUUUGAUCAAUUAACAAACAAGCUUGAGAUUUCAUCCGCCGACAAGUUUCUAUGUCAAAACAGAUUAAGCUUCAAAAUAUAAAUUAAUAUAUAGAGUUGUGUAAUGUAUAAUUAAUUAAAUUAAAAAUAUAUAUAUAUACAGAAGGGUAAGAAAAAGAAAAUUAAACAAUUAAUAAGUAAUUAUGGUGAUGAGUGUACAGUAGUGGUGGUUUUCUUGUUCUCCAUGUUUUUCUGUGGGGAAGGAGUUG